AUGGGGGAGGGCACCCUGAAAGUGCCCAUGGCCAUGCACGAGGGCCACCGCCAGAAGCUGUGCCAGGCGCUGCGGGCCAAGGGCCUCGAUCAGGCCGUGGUCCUCUUGCAGGGGGGCGCCGAGCAGAGCGUCUAUGACACGGACACCAACUGGGAGUUCAAGCAGGAGAGCAACUUCCAAUACCUCUUCGGCGUGAAAGAGCCUGGCUGCUGCGCGGCCCUCCGCGUCAAAGACGCCCACGGGGUGCUGUUUAUCCCCAGGAUGGAGAAGAUGUACCAGGCCUGGUGCGGCCCUUUAAAGCCGCCCGCCUGGUUCCAGCGCGCUUACGCCGUGGAGGCGGCGCACGUGGACGAAAUGGCAGAGGUGCUUCAGAAGAUGGGCGCCAAGGCGAGGUCCUUGGUCUUCCGUGGCGAGCCGCUGGACCCCGCCAUGUCUCUCCGCGAGGCCAACGUGGAAGACGGGGAUACCAUCGACGCGGUAGCGCGCACUGUGGCGCUCUGCGCCACACGCAAAGCCUUCGCCCUAUUCGUCCAAGGGGGCGGCGCUGUCACCUGGGGCUGCGACUGCCACGGGGGAAACAGCCGGGAAGUGCAGACUGCGCUCUGCGGGGUGCAGGCGAUGCAGUCCACAGACCAUGCCUUUGCGGCGCUGUUGGAGGAUGGCUCUGUGGUGACUUGGGGAGCACCCGAGCACGGCGGGGACAGCAGGAGAGUGCGCGAGCAGCUGAAGGGGGUGCAGCAGAUUCAGGCUAACACUUCUGCCUUCGCGGCCAUUUGUGCAGAUGGGUCAGUAGUGACCUGGGGAAUGGAAGGCAUGGGUGGAAAUUGCAUCCAUGUCCAAAAGCGGCUGAAGCAGGUCCGGCACAUCCAAGCGGCGGAAAUGGCCUUCGCCGCCAUUCUGGAAAAUGGGUCCGUGGUGACGUGGGGCAAUGGAGAUUUUGGGGGGGACAGCAGGCAGGUGCAGGAUCAGCUGACGCAGGUGGAUAAAAUCCAAGCGACUCGCGGGGCCUUUGCUGCAAUCCGCGCAGACGGAUCAGUGGUAACCUGGGGGAAUCCAGUACAGGGUGGCGACAGCAGUCGCGUGCGUGGGGAGCUGACACAAGUGAAAGAUAUCCAAGCAGCUGGCGAAGCUUUUGCCGCCAUUCGGACUGAUGGCACGGUAGUGACUUGGGGCAAUAAGACUUUUGGGGGUGAUAGCAGCCGAGUUCGCGAGCAGCUGACAAAGGUUCAGAAGAUACAGGCGACGGAGGGUGCCUUUGCAGCAAUCCUUGAAGAUGGCUCUGUAGUUAGCUGGGGCCUCCGUGCUUCGGGCGGCGACAGCAGCAAGGUCUCAGAUCAGCUGACGAAUGUCCGGCACAUCCAAGCGACGCGAGGUGCAUUCGCCGCCCUCCGCGAGGAUGGCCGUGUGGUCACUUGGGGCCAACCCGCCUGCGGCGGCGACAGCAGCGAGGCCGACUUCGCCCGGCCCGUGCGGCAGCUGGCGGCCUGCGACGCCGCCUUUGCCGCGUGCAGCGAAGAUGGCGCCGUGGAGACCUGGGGCAAGAAGACCUUCUACGAGGAGGGCUGGGAGAACCGCGACGGGGAGGUCUUUGCUGAGCAGCUGGUGGCGGCGCAGGCGGCCUUCGCGGCUGUGACGGACGCCGGGGCUGUGGUGACCUGGGGCCCUGAACACUGUGGUGGGAAGGGUGGCCGCUGCGUAGAGGAGCUGCUGGUGAUGCGUGGCCAGCCCAACCGCGACAGCGGCCUGCAGCUCGCAGAGCCCGAGUUUGCGGGCAAGGACAAGUUCCAGGUGAACAGCGCAGGCAGCCAAAUCCUUUGGGAUGAACUGAACGAGUGCCGUUCAGUGAAGGAUGAGGAGGAGCUGAAGAUUAUGCAGUGGGUCAACGACGUGUCCUCGGAGGCGCACGUGGACACCAUGCGUGCCGUGAAGGGCGGCCAAAGAGAGCACCUUGCGGAGGCAACCUUCAAGUACAAGGCGGCGCUCCGGGGCUGCUUCCGCGUGGGCUACAGCUGCAUCUGCGGCUCCGGGCGCCGCAACGCCAUUCUGCACUACGGCCACGCCGCGGAGCCCAACUCCGAGCAGGUGGCGCCGGGCAGCCUGCGGCUGCUCGACAUGGGUGCUGAGUACCAUUGCUACACCGCGGAUGUGACGUGCAGCUUUCCAGUGUCGGGCCGCUUUUCUGAGCCUCAGCGCCUGGUCUACGAGGCCGUGUGGGAGGCCACGCUGGCGGUGGAGCGGAAGCUGCGGCCGGGAGUGUGCUACAAGGACAUGCACCGCCUGGCUCAACGUGUUCUGCUGGAGCGCAUGACCACGGCCAAAUUGUUCGUGGGCAGUGUGGAUGACAUGAUGGCAGCAGGCCUCAUGUUCCACUUCAUGCCCCACGGCCUUGGUCAUCAACUUGGCCUGGACGUGCAUGACGUUGGCGGCUACGCCCCUGGAACCUUCAAGAAGGAUGAUCCGAAGAUGCAGGAGAACUUGCGGCUGGGGAGAGUGCUGAAAGAGAACAUGGUGUUGACCGUGGAGCCGGGGUUCUACUUCAUCGACUACCUCAUCGAGGAGGCGCUCGCAGACCCAGUGAAGAGCAAGUUCAUCAACCAGGAGAAGCUGCACGAGUUCUGGCCUGCCGUGGGCGGUAUCCGCAUCGAAGAUGAUGUGGUGGUCACUGCCACGGGGUGUCGCGUUUUGACCUGCGUGCCCCGCACUGUGGCGGAGAUCGAGGCGGUCAUGGCCGGCGCCAACUGGCAGGUGAGCGCCGCCUGCUGCCGAAGCUACACCGCGGAGGACUAG